UUAGAACACAGAACUGCUUUAUUAUCUAUGCCUCGAAGUGAAGACAUUAAGAUCUAUGGCUAAGGAAUGACGUCUUUGUUCAAAGCCGACGGGUUCGCUAGCUUUAGACGCCUGUCAGGCUGUCACUAGACCCGAAGACAGAGAGUGAGCUAGUGAGUGAGUUGAGAGCGAAACGAUUUACGGAAAAACCAAGUUGUGCACCACCACCACCACCAGGAAGUUACGAUCAAAAAUUUUAUUCUAAAGUCAAGGGGUUGGUCAUGGAGAAAAGUGAAAGAUUUACUGAUCUCAAACCACAAGUUCCAGGAGCUGAAAAUCCCAAGACUUCAAUAAAAAAUUGCAGUUCAUCCUCACUGCCCGUGUUUCGCACUCCACAACCGCCAAGGAAACUAAGAGAGAAUUCCCAGAGAUCCAGGUCCCAAAGCACUGGUUUGCAGCAUGCUGGUAAAAAGGACAGUGCGACAGAUACAGAAUACAUUGACACACAGUCAGAUGAUGGCUGCUUCAACUGUGAUGCCAAAAGGAGAUUGCGAUUUGAUAGCAUGGACAGAUGCUUUACCAGUGAAAAAAUUGAGGAAUUGUCAAGAGAAUUGAAAGAAUAUAGUCUGUCAUUAGAGGUUGCAAGUUCUCAAUUGGAAAUUAACAAAAAGAAUUUAAGCAGUAUUCAAAAUGAAAUGACUGAAGAGUUAUCCAAAAAUAAAUGUUCCCUACAGAUAAGUCAAGAUAAACGUGUUUUGAAUAAUGAGCUUGAACUGAUGAAAGAAACAUUGCAACCCAAAAAGAUAAAAUAUCAGGAACUCAAGAAUUCACAUGAUGAAGAGUACAGGAUGCUGGAAGAAUCCCACAGGAGACUUAAUGAAACAUUCAAUUAUCUUAAACAGCGUUCAAAAAAAUUGCAAUGUGACUGGGAAUCUCAAUUGUUGGAAGAGCAAGCUAUAAAUUCUGACUUAUCAUCAAAGGUUGCACAAAAACAGCAGAUGAUACUUAUGUUACAGGGUGAACUUUCAUCAUUGGAAGUUGAGUUUGAGGACUGCAAAGCAGAACGUGAUAAAAUGGUCAGUGAGCAUAACAUAGAAAAGGCUGCAUUGCUGUGUGAAUAUAGCAAAAAUAUUGAAAAGCUUGAAAAACAGUUAGAACAGAUAGAAAGCAGGCAUUCUGUAGAAAAGCUUGCUCUUGAGGAACAGCUUAGAAACUUGGAGACAGAUUGCACAGAAUAUAAGAUGGCAAAAACUAGUUUUGAAGCUGUGCUGAGUGCCAAGGAAAUGGAAGUCGCAGAGUUGAUUGCAGAGUGUGAAAUCCAGAAAGCAGAGUAUGCUGACAUGAAACUGAAACAUGAUAAAGAUUUUAAGAUCUUAUUAGAGCGAUUAGAAACUGCAUCACAAGAGCAAGAUGCAAACAUUCAAGAACUCCAGAUGCGAUUGCAGGCAAGUGAAAAAGAACUCUUACAAACCCAAAGUUCUUUGGAGCAGCAGGCAAAGUCCUACAAAGAACGCAUAUCCGAGCUAGAGGAUGCACUGAAAAAGAAACUUGAAGCAGAAACAAAAAAUAAGAUUGAUAAAUGUAAACUUGCUGAGCUUGAAAACACUGUGGUGGAAUUGAGAUUGAAGUUGACGACUGCAGAGGACCAAUUUAACAGGCAGUUGCCAGAAUAUGAAGAAAGAGCUCUAUGUGCAGAGAGAAAGUGUUGUCAGCUAGAAGCUCUAGUGGGACCAUUCAGAAAGCAGUUGGAGAGCUUUCUGACAGAACGAGGAGAAAUUCUAAGAGGAAAGGCCGAAACAGAGGACGAGCUGCGAUAUCUAACUCUGAAAUACGCUCAUCUACUUGAUCUUCAGAAUCGCAAACAGAAUCACGAUCAGAAAGUAAACUAUCUUGUUCAGUUACAAGAGAAGAAUAUGGAACUUCGUGAGGAAGUGGAAAAACUGAGAUCACAGGCUCGUGCUCAGAAGGCUACAGUGGACAAAUUGAAGUCUGAAUUGACAGCCUCAGCCCGUAAAGAAGUGGGUACUACUACUGCAGCCAGGCAAAUUCUUAAGAAUAGGGAUAACAGUCCCGGGAAGAAACCUCCAAAGGGAAAAGAUGGUGGUGCACGGCAUGUACCAGUGGGAAAAGAGAACAGCCCCAUUCAUACUAACUUUGUAUGUAGUCUAGAAAAUAGUCCAUCAGACAUGUUACCUGUUGCAAUGUCUACACCGAAAGCAUUCGUUGACAGAGGAAAUAAUGCCUGAAAGUAAUAUGAGCUUAUCAAUUUUGUAUAAUGCACUUGAUGUGUAAACUUUUUUGCUCGCAAAUGUUAUUUAUUUUAAUUUUUAUUCAGUUGCUGAGGUUGAAUUGUGGUGGCUUAGUGCUAAAAAUUUCAUUUAAUUUAAUGGAUGAUUUUGUUCUUGUAAAAGAAGGCAGACGUUAACGAUUUCAUUCAGCAAUUAACUGUCUUUGUACUUUUCAGGUGACAGUUCUUGUAACAUCUCUAGUUUCCAAAAAUGUAUGACUCAAUUUUCAAAAGAAAUGAGGUGUCCUGGCUUAGCAAUAGAAUAAUUUGCUUUGAAGAAACAAAUACUCAAUAAAAAAAUUAAAAAAUGGAGUAACUACCAUAAUUCAGCAAUUGCAAAAUAUUUAAAGUGUGGUGUAAUUUUAAUAUUAGAAUUAUCUGUGUGUGUGUGUGUGUGUGUGUGUGUGUGUGUGUGUGUGUGUGUGUGUGUGUGUGUGUUUUCAAAGGAAAAAAGACUGACAACUUGCUUCCAUAAAUUUACUGUGUCAUUUACCUUACAUUCCAGUGUAACAACUGGUUUUGUUAUAUGCCAAGUUAGUGUGUAAGAAUUCUGUGUAAAUACUUGACUGCAUUGUGCUGUCUUUACCAAAUCAUAGUGGCACAUAUUUUUACUGAGAUUGAUGCUGUCAUUUGAAGCUUUUAAAUGUAGAUUUUAGCAUCAGACAAACCUACACUGUUCGUUUUUAGUAAAUUUGUAUGUGUUGAUAGUUGUACAUUUAAGUGAUCAUGGACGUUCAAAUGUAACAUUUACUGGAGGCUGCCCAUUCAGAGAAAAAGUUCCAGCAUAGUGUGAUAAGUUUUUAUUUUUAUAUUGUAAUAAAUUUGUUGAAUGCACAGCUGUAUUGGCUGUGACAUCAGUGUAUACAAUUUUUGGUGUCUUUGUAUUUUUUUUUAAAUAUAUAUAUAUAUCUUGUUUCUGUAUGUGGUCUGGGAGUGAGAAUCAAACCUUUGUUAAGUCACAUUACAGUGAUGGUCAUUUGGUUUGUGAUACCAGUCCAUUAUCAUAAUGUGUGCUAAUGUUUCUUGGCUUUCAAUAAAGAAGGAAAAAGAAGGGACAUAAUGUCUGUAUGAAUGCUGCUGUUGGCAACACAUUUCAUUUUAAUUGUAGCAGUAUGUCAUAGGCUGCAAAGGAAUUACACCAUUUCACUAGAUUUAUAUGACAGUUUAUAAAAGGUGGAAUUGCCACAACAAUGUGUUCUGUAACCACACUUACUUGAAUACUCCUAUUUAUCACUAGAGCCAAUGGAAAAUAAUGGAAAUAGUCAAGAUAAGCACUUAGGUGAGUGAAGUUGAGGCACUGAACUGUUGGACAAGCUCACAAACAAAUUGGACACUGCAAACCUUUCGGACAAGUCAUGCUUAACAACUCACACACACAAUCUUUCCCAAUUAGUCUUAUUAUUGCAUCUUUGGGAUGAGGACUCUGUGGGAAGACUCAGUGUUUAUAAUUUUGUUUAUUCCAGUAUCAAACUAAAUUCAGUAUUUUGUUUUUAAGACACUGACAUCUACCAGCUGGUCUAUCAAAGAUGUUGUUCGUUACAUAGCUAACUAUUCAUCCGUUUGAAUAAAUGUGUU